CCUCGCUGGGCGCCGGGCACAUUCCUGCGGCGCUGCCCGCCCCGGGGUGGGCGCUGCAGCCCCUUAAAGCCUCCUGGCCCUAAGAGCCUUGCCCAGACCCCGCGGCUCCCCGCGCUCCCGCAGCUCCGGCGCUCAGAGAACCAGGGAUGUCAGACACGGAGGAGGUCACUGAGGAGUAUGAGCAGGAGCAGGAAGAGGAGUGCGUGGAGGAAGAAGAGGAAGAAUGGAUAGAGGAAGACGACGGUCAGGAGGAGCAGGUAGAGGAGGUGGAGGAGGAGAGCACAGACGCCAAGGCAGAAGAACAAGAAGAUGAAACGAAAGCAGCAGGAGAAGGUGGAGAGGGAGAGCGCGAGCAGGAGCCCGGGGAAGGGGAAUCGAAGCCAAAACCCAAGGUCUUCAUGCCCAACCUGGUGCCCCCCAAGAUCCCAGAUGGCGAGAGACUGGAUUUUGAUGACAUUCACCGCAAGCGCAUGGAGAAGGACCUGAACGAGCUGCAGGCCCUCAUCGAAGCCCACUUUGAGAGCAGGAAGAAGGAGGAAGAGGAGCUGCUGUCCCUCAAGGACAGGAUUGAGCAGCGGCGAGCGGAGCGGGCGGAGCAGCAGCGGAUCCGCAGCGAGCGGGAGAAGGAGCGCCAGGCCCGCAUGGCCGAGGAAAGAGCUCGCAAGGAGGAAGAGGAGGCGCGGAAGAGGGCGGAGGAGGAGGCGCGGAAGAAGAAGGCGUUCUCCAACAUGUUGCACUUUGGAGGAUACAUGCAGAAGUCAGAGAAAAAGGGUGGGAAGAAGCAAACAGAGCGGGAAAAGAAGAAGAAGAUCCUCAGCGAGCGACGGAAGCCCCUGAACAUCGACCACCUCAGUGAGGACAAGCUGAGGGACAAGGCCAAGGAGCUGUGGCAGAACAUCCAUGACCUGGAGGCUGAGAAAUUUGACCUGCAGGAGAAGUUCAAGCGGCAGAAAUAUGAGAUCAAUGUUCUUCGGAACCGCAUCAGUGACCACCAGAAAGUCAAAGGAUCCAAGGGUGCCCGUGGGAAGACCAUGGUGGGCAGCCGAAGGAAGUAGAGGCUCAGGGAGAGAGGAGGCCGAGCCUCAGGAGCUGCAGUGGCUGCACAGAGCCCUGGCUGCAGGAGUGGAGGUUCCGGGGGCAGAGGCCUCAGGAGUGUCCCAUCUCCACCCCCAGUGUUGCUGUGUCUGUAAAUAAAGAGGUGCUGAGGGGGUGCAGGCGUGGUCUCCAUCCUGAGGCUCUGAUCCAGGGGACACAGGCUCAGCACAGCUCCAGGAGUUGCCCACCUGCUCCCCAGGCUGUGAGAGGUCACAGCAACCACACAGGACCCCCAAGCAACUGUCCCUGUGCCUCCCAGCAUCACCUCAGCUACACUCCUUGGCAGUUUGGUGAGACCUCAGUGCUCUGAGCUGCUUUUCCUGCUGCACCUUGGGGCAAUCCUCGUCACGGCCACUUCUGCUCUGCUUUUGCUGUACCAGAGCCCCAGUGGCUCCUCUCUGGUCCCCUGUGGGACACCAUGGACAGGGCACUGCUUCCAAGCCUCUUGGCCCAUGGAACAGUCACUAACUCACCUUCCAGGCUAUUUCCAUUCCUAUUUCCAGCUCUUGCUAAAGGCUCUGACCAGC